GAAAGACAAAAAAAGCAUCUUGGUCAUUAUCCUCGCGCCGCGCGGGGUGGCUUCCAUUCCUUCUGAUGGGCUCGCCGUCGGCUCCGCCCGCUCUCCUCCUCAGCUUCCUCGCGCUGCCCUACGGUAGCAGCAGCAGAAGAUCCCUCUUCCUCAACUCGAAGCAGAGGCUGCAGCGAUUGCCUUCACCAGGAACCGGUCGCCGUCACGUGGCGGCGGCGGCGGUGGACAAGCUCGCGCCCCGGCCGCCGGAGGCUGGCCGUCUUAGGUGGAAGUACCGGCUAGCGUGCCGCGGGUCCUACGAUUCAGGAAACGGGCUUCCCGGGCCUCCUCCUCCGCCUCCUUCCGGUGAGAGCGUGGAUGGGUGGCGUCCUGCCCUUCGCCGAUGGGAUGUGCCAUGGCAGUGGCCAACCGUGUCCCUCACCAUGGUGGCCUGUGCACUAAGCGCUCUUUUGGCAGGAAAGGUUGAGCAAUCAGUUUUGGAGUAUCUAGGCUAUCAAGCCGGAGAGGCAACUAUUGAUGAGAAGGCCGGGGUACUCUUUCUGGAACAAUUUAGUGUGACAGCAGUUGCCAUUGGAGUUAUAUUUGGCAUCACCAAUACCUUUCGACCAUUCUCGGAUGACAUAUUUCGUUAUGAUUUUAAGGAACCAUUUAAGCUGCAAAACGGCUGGCUCCUGUGGGCUGGAAUUGGCCUCUUUUUUGCUCUAGUUUCCAUUUCUUUAACUGGAGCAGUGAUGACCUUUCUGAAUGGUGAAACCACACAGAGAGAGACUGACUCGCUACUUCUUCUAUUGCCACUGAUAGGCUCGUCGAAUAUCAGCACUGCCUGUCUGCUGGGCAUCACUGGGGUUCUUGCACCAAUUUUGGAGGAAACUGUAUUUAGAGGAUUUCUAAUGGUAUCCUUGACUAUGUGGUUUUCUACGCCAGUAUCUGUUCUGAUCACAGCUGUGGUGUUUGCCUUUGCUCAUCUUACACCAGGAGAGUUUCCCCAACUUUUUGUGCUUGGUGUGGCACUGGGAUUCUCAUAUUCUCAAACUCGGAAUCUUCUUACUCCUAUCACAAUUCAUGCUGCUUGGAAUUCCGGAGUAAUAUUGUUACUAACCUUUCUUCAGUUGCAGGGAUAUGAUAUCAAGGAGCUGCUGCAGGCAUCUUGAAGGUUUCAUUUGGUCACCAUAGUCUUAUCUCGAUUUUGUACGUUACUGUAAAAUACAUGAACUCUUGGAAGUAUCCCCUGCUAACAAUUCAUAGUUGACGUGUCAUCUGAUCUGGUAGUUUCCUUUUGUUUUUCAAACUGCGGUUUGAUAUUUGACUCUUAUGAUGUCAAAGUUAAAUUCCAAUGUGAUAUGAUGGUAUGUACAUAUACUUUAUGCAAAGCAAGUUAAUUUUCACUCA